CUUGAAGGAUGGUGUUGUGACGUGCACCACACAAACUUAAUGUGGGGUAGUAUUCUGAAUAACCUGAGACAAUGCCAGUUCUUUAUUUCUAUCAUAUUAUCUAUGAUAAUAACAGAUUAUAUCUAUCAAAAUAACAGAUGAGCAAUUAAAGAGAAACAUCUCCUAAUUACAUUUAAUAGGCUGGAAUGACAGAAUCUUGAUGAGAUGCAUAUAAUCUGGCUACCUAAUAUGAAUGAUCUGAGUAUGUGAUGCUUUCUGUCGUUUUCGUAUUUCAUAUUAAUAUUGUCAAUUAAAGCUAGGGGACAGACUGUGAAGUGUGCAAAAUGUAGAGUACUUGAGCAAUCCCACAGUGAUUUCACCCAGAGUGACUGGAACAGGCGACUGUUAGCUCCUCUUGAAAGAAGAAAAGGUUUCUCUUGACAUCACAAUGAGCAGUCGAGUGGAUGAUGUUAUGCAGCUUUGCUGUGAGGUCUCAGCCAGCAGGAAGAUGAAAGCAGCUGUGAAGAGCUCUGGAAAGGGAGCUGCAGCGGCUGGCGGAGGUGCUUUUGUUGGGGGAAUGGUUGGAGGCGCAGCCGGCAUAGCUGUUGGUGGUACUUUGGGAGGUCUUCUGGGAACUUGGAUGACCAGUGGCCAAUUCAAGCCUCUUCCAGAGAUCAUCAAGGAGCUGCCUUCAAACUAUAAGGAGAAACUGUACUCAGAUGUCAUGGGUGCACUGGGCACACUAGACUGGACAGAAGUGGCUGGCCUCAUUGCUCUGGUCAUGGGCAGUGCUACUCUGCAAGAGCAAGUGCUUGCUGCUAUACUCACUUACGCCACAAAAGAUAUCAAGGCUGAAGUGCAGUUUGGAAACUGACCCCUAUGGGUUGAUGUCACCGACCAGUGGUUCUCAAUCCUGCAUCCCGUUGCUUUUACAUUUAUGAG